UGAAAACCGGAACAUAUAAUUGAAUGAAAUACUACUACCGAAAUGACAAGAUGGCACGUCAGCAGCAAGCAGACGUUGAUGAACUUUUCGACGUAAAAAAUCAUUUCUAUAUUGGCAAUUAUCAACAAUGUAUCAACGAAGCACAAAAAAUCAAGUCAUCUUCACCAGAAGUAAUAAUGGAACGAGAUGUAUUUCUCUAUCGUGCAUAUAUAGCACAAAGAAAAUUCCGUGUUGUGCUAGAUGAAAUUAAUAAUUCUUCUCCUCCUGAUUUACAACCAUUGAAGAUGUUGGCAGACUAUUUUGCGAAUCCAUGUCGCAGAGAAGCGAUUGUCGCAGAAUUGCAACAAGCGACCAAUCGCACUAAUUAUGAUAAUCACAAUUUUCUGAUCGUUGCUGCAACUAUCUAUUAUCAUGAAAAAAACUUAGAAGCAGCACUUAGGAUACUUCGUAAUGUAGAUCAUCUAGAAUGUUUAGCCUUAACUCUGCAAAUUUAUUUAAAAAUGGAUCGAUUGGAUCUUGCAAAAAAAGAAUUAGUUACUAUGCAGGAGAAAGAUGAUGAUGCUACUCUAACUCAGUUGGCACAAGCAUGGUUAAACAUAAGCAGUGGUGGAGAUAAGUUACAAGAUGCUUACUAUAUAUUUCAAGAUAUGAUAGAUAAACAUUCCAGUACAAGUAUGUUAUUAAAUGGUCAAGCUACUUGUUUUAUUGGACAAGCUAAAUAUGAAGAAGCUGAAACAGCUUUGCAAGAAUCUUUGGAUAAAGAUAGUAAUAAUCCAGAUACUUUAAUCAAUAUGAUUGUACUUUCUCAGCAUAUGGGAAAACCACCUGAAGUUGCUAAUCGUUAUUUAAGUCAAUUGAAGGAUUCACAUUUGGAACAUCCAUUCGUUAAAGAAUAUUUACAAAAAGAAAUAGAAUUCCAAAGACUCAGGAAACAAUAUUCUUUAUCUGCCUAAACUAUAUUGACUCAUAGCAUUUUAUAAAUUAAAAUUAAGAAAGCAUUGAGAGUGAUAUAACAAUAUGAAUUCUAGAUGCAAAGUGCUAUGAGAUUAGGAUGUUACUGCAGGGUAUAACGCACUUCAAUUAAAAUUAAAUUUUUAUUUGUUAUAGUAUUUUUUUUUUUCUUCAUAUAUUUUUCGUUUAGUGUUUUAUACGAGAUAUUUCACUUUUGCAUGAAAUUUUUAUGAUAACUGGCAAAUAAAAAGAUAGAUAAACUAUUUACAACUUUUACAUAUAUAAUUAAGAAAAUAUAUAAAAAAUAAUUAGAUAUCUACUUCAUCUACUCUCUUAAUAAAAUAUUUACAAUAAGAAUAAAAUAUGGCUGCCAUUUUAUAUUACAGUUAUAAAAAAAUUAUGAAAGAUAAUAAAAUUCCAAAUUGCAUGCAUUUUAACAUACAGUAGGUAAAUUUCAUCUUACAUAUUGUUAUAGUGUAAUGAUUUGUUCUACGCAUUAGUAUUUAUAAAAAAAAACAAAUUACAUUGAAAUACACAUUAAACUAAAUAAAUUUACUAGUAUUUUUUCUUCUAUUAUAAAUAAAAUAUGAAAAGUUGGAGCGAUCGGCAACUUUUCUCAUAACUCCUUUGGUAAGUUGCAAUUUCUUUCGAGCCUCGCCAUCUAACGUCACAUUUUGUAAAUAUUUAGUGUCAAGCCGAAAAACGUUUAUUAUAUGGGAGAAUUCGAAAAUUUAAACGGACAAGUUUAGUUAGUCGGAAUGUGUUAAAAGUGACAAGAGUUCGGUGUAAAUCCUAAAGACAUUUGUCGUAAAAAAAGAUAAUUUCGUUAUUAAAGAUCACGAAUUAGUCACUGGAUUCCGGCGGGAGAUACAAUUGCAUUGAGACACUUUUGAAUAUCUUUGUUCUUUGGUAAUCGUUUGGGAGGGACCAAGAAACAGAUUGUGGAUUUUUUCUUUGAGAAAUAUCGUGUUGGAUCAACACAAAUCUUUAGAACAUGGCGACACAAAAUAGGAACGCACUUUGCUAGUCGUAAACCUGUACGUCCGCUAAGAAUUUGAAAAAUAGAAGUGUGCGAUUAAACGUCACAACGGCUGAGCAAAAGUACUAUUUACUAUUGGAAUUACAUGACAAUAAACGAGAUACAA